UAGGAGGAGGAGGAGGUUGGAAGGGGAGGUAGAAAUGGCGUCUGAAAGAAAGCUGGCGAGAAGCCCAUGUGGAAACAAGAGGGGGAGUUGCGGGAGGCCGGAGGGGCAGGGUCUGUCCCGCCAGUCACAACUUCAAUUCACUGGCGCUGGGUGAAGCAGUUUGUCAGAUCCCAUACCUACAAGGGACGGUGAAAGUGAGAGGAGGCGAGCGGUGUGAGCCUUGCUUUCUAUCGACAGUUAGCAGCUUAUUACAUUGUCUGCGUGCCUCAGCCCUCGCCUGCAGCUGUGCUCCAGUGGAGCCGUCUGGCCACUUCUCCGAUGCUUCCCCGCUCCUAGUGCCAGCCCCCUCCGACAACCGCCACUUUAACGCUUUGACAGAAUAUCUCAGGAAAUUAAUUAAAUAUUGUUUCCAUUACCGAUGCUUCCAACUUCCAUAUCGUCAACGUUGUCGUCGUCGUCGUUUUCUCCAGAGGGUUGAUGUGGAUUAAUUUGCCUCGCCAGGCCGAGCACCGAGUGUGUUGUUGCUGGAUUACAAGCGGAGUGUGAAAGGUGAUUUUUCUCCCCUACUGUGUUCAGUGAUGCGCGUCCUCCUCCCCUUGCCCACGGGCCCAUGGAGGAACGGGGCCUGUCCCCAGGGACGUUGUGCGGUACCCGCUACCCCGGGUAGCCAUCAGUGAGACGCCCCGUCGCCCGGCCCACGGCCUCACAACACGUGCUAGGAAGACACAGCACGUGGCAGGCACAGCCGCACGGGGGAAGGGGGGAGGAUGCGGGAGGAGCGGGUGCUGCAGGUGUUGCUGGUCCUGCUGCUGGCACUGCACCUCUCACGCAGGUCUGCCGAGGGCGUCCGCUGGCUAGCCUUGGCACGGAUGUCGUGGGUGGGCAGCCUGGCGGAGGAGGAGCGGUGCCAGACGCUGGUGGGGCUGGUCAAGCGACAGCGCCGACUGUGUCGUCGUAACGUGGAGCUGAUGGACAGUGUCAAGACCGGCGCCCUCAUGGCCAUCGAGGAAUGCCAGGCUCAGUUCCAGAACAGACGAUGGAACUGCUCCACCACGGAUUCCAAAAACCUCUUCGGGAGAGUGAUCCUAAAGCAAGAAACCAGAGAGUCGGCGUUCGUGCACGCCAUCUCGUCGGCCGGGGUGGCUCACGCCGUCACGCGCGCCUGCAGCAGCGGUCAGUUGAGGAAGUGCGGGUGCGACAGGACGGUGCGUGGUCGCAGUCAGGAUGGCUUCGAGUGGUCCGGGUGCUCCGACAACAUCGCCUACGGCACGGCCUUCUCCACCGCCUUCGUCGACGCCCGCGAGAAGGGCGAGAAGCGAAAGAACUCGUCACGAGCCCUGAUGAACUUGCACAACAACGAGGCUGGUCGUCGGGCCAUCGAGGACCACAUGCAGGUGGAGUGCAAGUGUCACGGGGUCUCGGGGUCGUGCGAGAUGCGCACGUGCUGGAGGGCCAUGCCCACCUUCCGCCGCGUGGGCACAUUCCUGAAGGAGAAGUUCGACGGGGCCACGGAGGUGAAGGCCGAGAGUCGCGGCGCACGCACGGUGCUGGUGCCGCUCAACCCGCAGUUCAAGCCGCACACGGAGCAGGACCUGGUGUACAUGGCGUCCUCCCCGGACUUUUGCGAGGCUGACCCCAAGCUGGGGUCACUGGGCACGCACGGGCGCGUGUGCAACAAGACGUCCAAGGCCAUCGAUGGUUGUGAUUUGCUGUGCUGCGGCCGAGGCUACCUCACACGCAAGGUGAAGGUGGUGGAGCGGUGCAAGUGCAAGUUCCACUGGUGCUGCGUCGUCAAGUGCAAACAGUGCGAGCGCGUGCUGGACGAGCACGUGUGUGUGUGACGGCCUUGACACGCUCGUGACCUUUUCUUCAGCCGCUCAGAAAGGUUAUCCGUCAGAUCAAAGAGUGGGUUCCGAAGUGGGGGUGGCCUCAAUCGUGCAUCAGGGAAAAAGAUUUUCAAAACCGGAAAUGACGCUGGAAGUGCUCGGCUGAAAGGAACCUGGACUGAGCCAUUCAUGGGUUUGUCAAGGUGUUCGUCAUGGAGAUGGCGGCAGAAGAUCCAGUCUGGAGAACCCUGGUGACAAAGUGAACCGGAGAAGACUUUCCAUUCACGAUCGGAUUUAUUGGCGGAAGUCAAGCGACGACCUUUGACCUCAGAUCCCCAACAGGACCAGGGCACAUCGGCAUCUGUGGCGUGCGGGACACUUAGAAAGUUCGAGGCUUCGUGGGACCUUUGCGAACUGUUGUACAGCAGACAAUCCGCAUCCCAGACUGGUGUCCUCCCCAAACGGAUGGUGCGGGGGACUUCAAAGAACUCCGGCAGUCGGCGACUUUCUGUGGCCUUCAGAAAGGGACGUUAGCAUGCAAUUUACAGUUGGUCUUUGCGUUCUUAGUCUUGUAUUCUCCAUUUUGUUUUCUUCUCGUCGUUGUUGUUGAUGUUUAUAUUGAGUGUCAUUUAAUUAUCAUUCUGCAGGGAAUUUUUAUGUUUGUAUUAUUAUAAGAACUGCGAGACGCAUUGAGCGACAUGUACACGUGUAUGCACAGUGUCGGGGGUAAUCACAACACAUGAUAUUACUCACUAACAUCUACAUACCGCAUCUUAUUCUUUAAAACAAAAUGUUCUCUUUGUUUCCUCAAUGCAUUUACAAAACUUUGAAUCCCGUGCAAUUUGUUGUCAUCACCGUUCAAGAGACUGUGUAUGGACCGACAACUUUUGGUCAGGUGGAAGAGCUCCACUACCACGAGGACAACAACAGGUCUGCUUGUGUCUUGCGAAAGCGAAGCACCUUGAUGGAUGAGCAUCCAAUCGACAGGUAGCUGCGACUAACCCAGGAUUGUGGACAGGAGCAGGCCAGGAUGUUCAUCAGUGUGCUUGUCCUCGACAAAUACGAAAUUCCUGAGCACGAACAGACCAGCAAGCAGGACAAAGCAGGGUGUACCUCGUCCAGAUGGUCCAGCGUUGACAUCCAUGCACCCGGUCAUCAUCAGCCGAGACCACGGAACACAGGUUUACAAUGGACUGCUGGGAAAACAUGUCUGUGCGCAUGGCGAAACACAGGUUUAUCAUGGGUUGCAGCUGUAGACACAGGUUUAUCAUGGGUUGCAGCUGUAGACAGGUUUAUCAUGGGAUGCAGCUGUAGACACACGUUGCAGACGUUGGUUGACCAGCGGAGCGAGACGAGUAUGAACAUAACCAAGGACUUGAAGGCGAUUUGUCUGAAGGCGACCACAACACGGAGUGAAUAGCUUUGCCAGUCUGCAGUCGAGAAUUAUGUUAAUCAUUUGCUGAGGAGAAUGAGAGGGAGUGAGACAACAAAUUGGAUUCUAUGAAUAUUUCAGUUAGGAAUGUGUUAUCAGGGACAGACAAGCAGUCUCUUCUUUAUUGCCAUCAUUUCUUGUAGUUCUUUCAUGCUUUCCUUUCUGAUUAUUGGUUCAUUGUGCCACUUACUAAAAUAUUCACACACGUAAGGAUGCUUUCGUGCACGUGCAUAUACAAACAAACAAACAAACAAACUGCACCAUUUACGCCUGCGCCAUUUUUGUUCCAGUUUCUGACAAUCCUUCCUUUUUCUCCAGUCAAGAUCACCAAUCAGAGAAAUCUGAUUCUUUUUAUUCGUUAACAAGCAAAUAGGAUAUAAUGAAAAUACUUACCUUGCUUCAUCUGUAUGAACAAACAUAUGGAGAUUCCCUUUUAUAUAUUAUCUUUUAUGUUCCCUUUUAUUCCUAGAUUAACGGAUCAAAAACACUUCUGAUAUUAUGUGUAAACAAGUAAUUAUACUACGUUUGUCAUCGCAUUUUCUAGGAUAUAGAUAUACGACUAAUAAUAACAGUGUUAUAUCUAUCAAACAAACAUACAACAAAACAUAUUAUUUCAAUAAUUAUUAUUAUUUUGUGCAAGAGCUGGCUGUUGGUGACUCGGUGAAAUGCUGAAGUAUUUCAGAGGGUGUCCUGCAAAGUUUGGAAGCUGAAUGUGAAUGGUUCUAAAUCCAAGCCAGCCUAACGGAAAUCCAGUCGCGUGCUAAGAGAAGAAAAUAUUGUGUACAACAGUCUACCUGUGUUUUGAGUGUACAGUAAUGAUACAUCAUCUAUUUAAUGUGUAUGUGAUAUUACUUGACGAAGUAACACAAGUUACCUUUGGAGUUCUCUGUCUUUAUUACUAGAUACGCACGUGACGAUAGAUAUGUAUAUAAGCAGUCGCGACUGUAUAAAUUUGGUUGUAAAUAUAAACUAACCCAGCCAUCUUAUGAUAUUAAUUAAUAAUCUCUUGCAAUCUUUUUUUUUUUUUUUUUGUCUUGACCUAUUCUUUGAGACAAACGCGAUGUUAAGUAGAGUAUGAUUGGAUGUCGGUCAGUGUUUUUGUAACUUUUCUGAUCAAAAGAUCAAAUAUAAAGAUAGGCCUGCUGGUUAUUUUCUGUAAACAAGUAGACAUGUGCCAAUGAAGACUAUGACUUAUAAACAUAAAGCACAUCAUGAAGCAGUCCUUCUCCCUUUGUCUUCUACAUCUUCCCACCUGACCUCACCGUAGUGGACCCGCAAUCAUCAGAAGAGAGCAGAUGUAAUGGUAGAUAAAUACAAGAGAGAAAAGUUUUAAGUAAUUUAAUAUUUUUCCUAAAGUUUCCAGAAAAGUGUGAGAAAGAAACAGCACGUGAUCACACUAGCAAACUAGAAGCCAAGCUGUGGAGGACAAACUCCUGACAGUAAAAGGAAACUAAGAAAUGAAAUGUCGAUGGAAAAGCAGAAUAAGUGAGAAGCAUGAGGAACUGGAACAAGAAGAAACAAAUAACAACAACAACAACAGAGGAGGAGGAGGAGACGGAGGAGGCUCUCCAUUCUAUCGAUAGCGAGUAGAAAUUCAGUCUGUGGCCGAUAUCAGGUCUGACUGGUGAACUCGCAGAAUGUUGUUAUGAGAGGAUGACUACUGGUCUUUGCAACUGAAAAUUUGAUGUGCGAACGGUUUGUGGGUCAAAAAAGACUUUGUGUCUCCAGAGAUAAACCUAAAGAGACCUUGCAAAGAUGUAGCAGACAGCUCCCUUCCCCCUAAAAAAAUAAAUAAACAAGAAAUCACUGCGCGAGGUCAGUUAGAAAGUAGUUCCCACAAUUCUGAGUGAGAAUUUCGUUUCCGUUCUCGAGAUACAAGCUUAACUACGAUCCUCAUCCUGUCAUUACGAAUGUGCACAAAUAUUGCUAAUUAAUAUGGUCCCUGCUCUCUGUAACCAUGACAACCUAUGUAUAUCCAUGUACAUUUGUAAUGUCAUUGUUUUUGACCUUUUUGUGCUGCUCCUUCAAAGUCUGUAUCUCGAGAACAGCGAGGGCAUGUGAUGAUGUAUCUUGAGAACAGGGAGGGUGUACGAUGAUGUAUCUCGAGAACAGGGAGGGUGUGCGAUGAUGUAUCUUGAGAACAGGGAGGGUGUACGAUGAUGUAUUUUGAGAACAGGGAGGGUGUGCGAUGAAAUAAACAUCUUGUCCUCAGCUUACACCAGUCAUCCUAAUCAAAUGUUCACUCCGACCUUUCAGCACACGAACUGAUGUUUAAAUCUUGGUGUCAGGCUCAAUCUACUUUUUAAAUCCUCUUCUUUUAUUUUUCUUUUUAUUCAGUUCCUCUAAUGACGACUGAAAUUAUUUGCGUUAAUAACACUAUUUUUUAUUAUUUGUUAAAAUCUAAAACUUUUUUUCACUAAUUUAACCUUUAAAUAAAAUUGUAAAAGAAUUAUGCAGUUUUGAAGACGAACUCCAUUUUCACUUUCUUAAAAAUUAUACAACUUCUUAACAAUGAAGAACUUUAUUCAUUUUCAUGAUAGUAAAUUCUGCUUUUUCUA